CUAGGUGUGGCGGUGGCGGCGGCGGCGGCGGCAGCGGCGGCGGCUGAGAACGAGGCGGCUUCCCCGGAGCCGGGACCGGCGCUCGGUCACCUGAUCGGCCGCACCGGCGCCCCCGCGAGGCCGCCGGGAGAACUGCGGCCCGCGCUCCUGGGCGCCCCGCCCCGGCCUCGGCUCCCGGGACCCGACCCCCCCUAGGCCGCCUUCCUUCCUCGACUUCCCCAAAAGUUGCCUCCGCUCCCCGCCCCCCCCACCGAGGACCCGCGGCGGCGUCGGGGCGGGGAGGGUGUGUUUCGGGAGACUUUCCCCCCAACCCCCCCGAGAGGGGGCUGGCGGCUGGGAGCGUGUUUUCCUCCCACGCCUUGACAGACGCUCCCGGGAGAAGGCGGCAGAUGUGUGCUCCGCUCGACCGGCGUCGCCGCGCCACCACCUCCCGGGCCUCGCUCCCGCCUCCGGCCGGCUUUCGGAGGAAGGAGGUCGGAAGUGAGGGCGACUCGAGUUCCUGAGAUGAUCAGAAUGGAGAAUGAUCAAGGACCGGCACCCAUCCGGAGGAGACACGAAUAGGGCUCUGGCAUGUGGGGUAACAGCAGAGAGGAAAAAGUGAGGACACACGCGGAGCAGCCCCUGGAGGCGACUGGAGCCCCUUUAGGCCAGUGAGCCACAGGAAGAGUCCGUGGUUCAGCAGCUAAGCAGCCGAACAUUUCCAGAAAACACUGCCCUUGGAGAGCCAGGAGACGACAGCUCUCUCCAAGUGAGUCUUAGAAAUGAUCAUCCCGCAUCCAAAGGAAAGCUGGGAUUAAACACUAAAGACAAGCCGGCAGAGUUGCUGCUGAAUGGACCCGGAAGAAACAGAACUUCCGUCAGCAGAGGAGAAGCAGCAUCCAAUUGGCCCCUGUUUCUUAGUGGCCAAUCAGAUCUCGCCUUACAACGGUGCGCUCGCUCAGCACGGCAAGGUUGGGCUACUCUGUAAGUGGUGCGGUUGUCACCUGCAGGAUCCCGCUUCAGUUAGGGACGCGCAGUGAGUGCCGUGUUUCUUUGUGCUUGCUGCUUUUCCUCCUCCGCUCAUGUAAUGCACUCCCUGAACCAAGAAAUCAAAGCAUUCUCCCGGAACAAUCUCAGGAAGCAGUGCACCAGGGUGACCACGCUGACUGGAAAGAAAAUGAUAGAAACGUGGAAAGAUGCCACAGUUCAUGUUGUGGAAGCAGAGCCCAGCGGUGGGGGUGGUUGUGGCUAUGUGCAGGACCUUAGCUUGGACCUGCAAGUUGGCGUUAUUAAGCCCUGGUUGCUUCUGGGGUCACAGGAUGCUGCUCAUGAUCUGGAGCUACUGAGAAAGCACAAGGUGACUCAUAUUCUCAAUGUUGCAUAUGGAGUUGAAAAUGCUUUUCUCAGUGAAUUUACAUAUAAGACCAUUUCUAUAUUGGAUGUCCCUGAAACCAAUAUCCUGUCUUAUUUUCCAGAAUGUUUUGAAUUUAUUGAGCAAGCAAAACUGAAGGAUGGCGUGGUUCUUGUUCACUGUAACGCAGGGGUUUCCAGGGCUGCUGCGAUUGUCAUUGGCUUCCUGAUGAGUUCUGAAGAAAUCGAAUUCACCAGUGCUUACUCGUUGGUGAAAGAUGCAAGGCCAUCCGUAUGUCCAAACCCCGGCUUCAUAGAACAGCUUCGCACCUUCCAAGUGGGCAAAGAGGGCAAUGGCGGUGACCACGUGCCCUCAGUGGACAGGGGCCGUGGCCCGUGAUCUGUACAAGCAACUUCUGCAUCUGCCUCUGUUUUGGAGAGGAAACUUGUAAAACUUAUCUUUCCUGUUGUCUUUUACCCAUGAAAAUGGGGGUUACUUUUAUUGCCCUGAAUUAAUAUAUUAAUACAUUUUUAAGUUUUA